AUCUGACACUAGUAAAUAUUUAUGUUUGGAAUUUGAUUUUCUUAAAAAAAUAAUUAAUUGUUCUUAGACAUACAUUUGCUUUUAACGUGAACUAAAGUGAAUCAGUAUCUACCCAAAACUCAAGUUGCAACAUGUCUUGCAAUCAUUGCAAUACCAAAUACAAUUUUUUUCACAAGGAGGUACUUACGAUUACUUUACAGCUUAACAUUAGUUGUAAUUUCUAUUUAGAAACCUCAGGAUGCGCUCUCUGUGGUCUUUCAUUAUGCAGCAAGUGCCUCCAGCAAAAGUGCCAAAUACCUUCAAAGGGCCAAGGCGAAUUCAAAGUAUGCCGAACUUGUUACGCAAAACUGAAUACCCAAUCAGACGAUAAGGAAAACACUCUUAUCCCUCCAGAUAGAUUUUUUAAGAGGCUGGAAAACCUGGAAAAUCCAGCAGCUCCCCCUAUUACCGUCUACAGGGAGGACCCAAAGAUGAGUGCCUUGAAAAAUGGAUUAUCAGUAACCGACAAGGAAUUGGUAGAUCGACUGGAAAAGCUGAAGGAAAAGCAACCCUUACCGCCUUCAGACAGUGAGUUACGCGAACGACUGGCACGGUUAAAAGACAGUCCUUUUGAAAGUUCCUCGAAUGCUACUAAGCCACUUUUCAUGCCUGACAUGCGAACUGAUCAAGAGAAAGCCGACGCCCUUUUGGAACAAUACACUUUUGAACAAGCAAUAGGUUCAUUACACCAAAACCACGAGGAUUUAAGCCAACGACUCGCGGCCUUAAAAGGAGAAGAGCUUAAGAGCCUCCCAAAAGAACGGACUUCAAGCGAUUCCGACUCAGAAAAUGAAGUAGAGCGAAUUACUAAGCGAAUGGUUGCAGAACUUUCACUUGAGAGAUGUCCAGUGGGUGGGUCGAAGAUGACAUUCCCUCAUGAUGAUUAUGACGAUGAAGACUAUGAUUACGUUCGCUCAUCCCCUGAACUUCCCUGGUGCGUUCUUUGCAACAACGACGCAACAAUGAAGUGCUACGACUGUGGUGGCGAUUUAUAUUGCAAUUCGUGUAACGUUGAGGUGCACAAGAAAGGAGGCGAUUUGGAUCACAGGGUCGAACCAUAUAAGAAAAAAUAAGUAGAUAGCUCUGUUUUGUCAAAUUUAAUCUGUUAGGCUGAAAGGUGGAAAUGAACUAGCAAACUGAAUGCUUUUGAACAAUUCUGACAAAAAGUCAGUUUCUUUAUAAUGCUAGUCAUCGUAAUAAAUAAACAUUAUUGAUGAA